CGGCGAGGGCUUGACGGUCGUUUUGCACCACGGCGAUCUCGCGCUAUAACUGACUGGUAGAUUACUCGUCUGCAUUCUUCUUGGUCGGCUUCUUCUUCCUCCUCUCUCGCUUUCUGUGCUGUUGGUUUUUGUUGUCGUUGUUGUGGCGUUGCGCUUUGAAGGCGAGGAGGCCGUGGGUGGGUGGAGAAGAGGAAGGAUGAACGGCAACGGGAACAGAUCGCUGCUGGACGAGCUCAGGAGCUUCGACAAGGGAGGGCUCUUCGAUCUCGGCCACCCUCUCCUCAACAGGAUCGCUGAAAGUUUCGUCAAGGCCGCUGGGAUUGGCGCCGUUCAGGCGGUUUCCCGGGAGGCAUACCUGACUCUGGUGGAAGGAGCUUGCUCCGACGCCGGUGCCGACCCGGACCUCAUCAAGACCAGGCGACACCCCCGCUUCCCUAACUUUAAAGGAGAAACGUGCGCCAAGUCUCUGGAGGCCAUGGUGAAGGACACAGGCAAAGAGUCUCUCCAGUGGGGUAUAGCUGCAGGAGUGUACUCGGGGCUCACCUAUGGCCUGAAGGAGGCAAGGGGAGCUCAUGACUGGAAGAACAGUGCGAUCGCCGGGGCAUUGACAGGAGCAACUCUGGCACUGACUACAGACGAUACAUCUCAUGAACGGAUAGUGCAGUGUGCCAUCACCGGCGCGGCACUGUCGACUGCAGCCAACCUCCUGAACGGGAUCUUCUAGGUCGGCUUGUUCGUUCGUGUUGCUGUUUGCUGAUUUUGCUGAUUUUGCGGAUUUUGUUGCUUAAAGACUGAAUGGAUUUGUUAGUCCUGUUGACGCUUUGAUCUUUUAAAUUUAUGGCCUUUGGUUGCCUUUUGGUGAA